GCUCGAAAGAAAAAAAAUUGAUAACCUUUUUAUUUCAUACCUUACAUCUCGAUACAAUGGUUCCAAAAAAGCGAAUGAGCAAGCGCAUGUCAUGUGCUAAGCGAUACAAGAAUGAGAAGAGAGCAAAAGAACACAACCGUAAAUUAAAAAGAGACGCAAAGAAAAACCCUCACCACAGCAACAAAUCCAAGAAAGAUCCUGGAAUUCCUAACAGCUGGCCGUUCAAGGAGCAACUGUUGAAUGAAAUAGAGGAGAGAAAGCAGAAAUUGGCUCAAGAGAAGGAGGAUAAGAAGAAGGCGAAUCAAGCAAAGAGACAGAAAGCUAAAGAAGCCAAAAAGGCUAACGACGCUCCAGCUGCUUAAAGCUAUUCCUCCCCUACUCACCAUUGUCGGUUCCAAACCUCUCUUGCAUGUUCCAUUACAACCCACUUUUGUUCAUAUAUUCCGUUCCUGUAGACAGCGGCACAUAAUAAAACUUUUUAUACCGUGAUCACA